AUGCGUCGUGAUCGUGAGGUCAAAGAGGGCUUGCUGCGCAAACAAAAGCUCAAUGUUCAUACCGCCGCAGUACUCGCCGUCCUGGGGUUUGGAUCGUUGACUUAUGGUUAUACGGCUUCCAUUAUAGGAACAACCCUUGGGCAACCCUCUUUUAUCGAAUAUUUUGAACUUGGCACUCGUGCCAAUGGAACCGAUCUCAUCUCGACGAUGAACGGUCUAUUCCAGACCGGAGGCGUCAUCGGGACCUUGCUGUUGCCGACCGUCUGUGAUAAAUGGGGAAGGAAAUGGGCCUGUGCAGUGUCAGCCAUCCUUGCCAUUAUAUCUGGUGCGGUUAUGACAGGAAGCGUCAAUGUUGGCAUGUUUAUUGCGUUCCGAUUCAUUGCUGGGGCCUCUGCAUUCAUGAUCCUAGCCGCGGUUCCCAUUCUCAUGAAUGAGAUUGUCCCCGUACAUAUGCGAGGCGCUUUGGUCGACGUCCACGCCGUCAUGCUUGUUCUUGGUUACACCAUUCAAGGGUGGGUUGGAUUUGGAUUCUUCUUCUGGAAGAAUGGUGGUGGCUUGAACGCCUGGCGACCACCGGUCGCCAUCCAGUGCUUUUGGCCUCUCUGUCUUCUGGUCGGCUUGAUCUUUGUCCCGGAGAGUCCAAGGUGGCUUGUCAUGCAGGGAAGAGAUGCUGAGGCCGAAGCGAUCCUUCUCAAAUUGCACUCAGAUCCCAGUGAUCCGGAAAAUAGCGCAGCCAAGGCAGAGUUCUACCAGAUUAAAAAGCAGAUCGCCAUUGACAAGACCCUGGGUAAUUCGUGGAUGCACAUAUGGAGGAAACCGUCCUACAGAAAGAGGGCAUUCCUGGCCGUUGGUAUCACUGGCAUCAUUCAGCUGAGUGGCGUAUUGGUUAUUAACAAUUAUGGUCCUUCUCUCUAUGCGCAGCUCAACUUCUCGCCGGUCAAGCAACUGCUCUACCCGGCAGCUUGGCUGACAUUUGCUCUGGGGAUGAAUGUCAUGGCCAUGCCUUUGGUUGAUCGAUUCCCCAGGAACAAGUUCAUCGCGUUUGGCGUCCUCGGCUGCAUGGCCACCCUGAUCGUGGAAGCCGCACUGGUCGCCAACUUUGUGCCUUCGAACAAUUCUGCUGCUCUCCAGGCAGCAGUAGCUAUGUUCUUCGUGUUCCAAGUCUUCUACGGGAUCUGUUUAGAUGGCACCCAAUUCUCCUACCUCGGAGAGAUUUUCCCAACCCAUCUCCGCGCAAAAGGUGUCUGUCUAGGCGUGGCGAUGAUUUCUUUCAUGAAUAUCAUAUGGUUACAAGCAGCACCUACAGCUUUCAUAACCAUUGGCUGGAAGUUUUACCUCUGCUUCAUCAUACCAGGAGUCAUCGGUGGCGCCUUCAUGUGGCUCUACUUCCCGGACACCAAUGGCCUGCCACUGGAAGAGGUUGCUGCGAUCUUCGGCGACGAAGACGAGGUCGCCAUCUACCAGAGAGAUCUUGAAGUCGACUUUGCGACUCACGCGAUCGUCGACCAUCACCACCACGAAGACAAAGCAAAUGGCGGCGCAGCGCAUGUCGAGACUGACAACAACUCGAACUCCGGCAAUGAAAAGGUUAACUGA